GUGAGAGAAAAAAAAACAUGCUUUGAUCAGCUGUGUUUACGAUCACAUUUGGUUGGAUUUUACCGCAUUUGAAGAAAACGACGACUCCAUCGUAACAUCGGUAGUAUAUUAUUAUUGCAUAAACUAUGGCAGACGGAUGGAAAGCAAUAAGGGAACGUUCCAAGCAACGACGAGAGGUGUUAGCAAAGCUUGGUGCGAUUGACCCCACUAGUCUGAAAUCAACGCCUGGUAAGGAAGACAAAAAAGAAGAAGAUAAAUCAGAUAAUGAAAGCAGGGACUUCUAUAUCGGUUCACCAGAUCCAACUAACACUCCACCAGCUAAGAGAAGGGCUGUCUCUAAUGAAUCCGGAGAAGGUAGCGUUCUUGAUAGUAGUAAAACUAAAAAGGAAGAAGAUUUUGAUGAGGAACAUGCAGAACAAGAAUACAUUGAUUCAAGUACUUUCCUAAAGGGUACGCAGAGCGCCAACCCACACAAUGACUAUUGUCAACACUUCCUGGACACUGGUCAGAGACCACAGAAUUUUAUACGAGAUGUUGGUCUUGCGGAUAGAUUUGAAGAGUAUCCUAAACUAAAAGAACUGAUUAAACUAAAAGAUGAACUGAUUGCACAGACUAACACUCCUCCAAUGUACCUGGCAUGUGAUCUAGAAACAUUCGAUUUGAGAGAUUUGGAAUGCAAAUUUGAUGUUGUGCUUGUUGAGCCGCCAUUGGAGGAAUAUCAAAUUAGACCAGGCGUCAUGUCCAAUCAGAAGUUCUGGAAUUGGGAAGAGAUUUCCAAGUUAGAUAUUCCCUCUGUAGCAGCACAUAGAUCAUUUAUAUUUUUAUGGUGUGGAUCAUCCGAUGGUUUAGAUGAAGGCAGAAGGUGCUUGAAGGAAUGGGGUUUCAGGCGAUGUGAGGACAUAUGCUGGAUAAAAACUAAUAUUAAGAAUCCUGGACAUAAUAAACAUUUGGAACCCGGUGCUGUCUUUCAAAGGACAAAGGAACACUGUCUAAUGGGAAUUAAAGGUACAGUUCGUAGGUCAACUGAUGGAGAUUUCAUUCAUGCUAAUGUGGACCUUGAUGUCAUCAUAUCAGAAGAGCCCAAAUCUGGAAGUCUUGAAAAACCUGUUGAGAUCUAUCACAUCAUGGAACAUUUUUGUCUCGGCAAAAGAAGGUUACACCUGUUUGGGGAUGAAGAAUCCAUUCGACCAGGUUGGUUGUCAGUAGGACCACAAUUAACUAACAGUAACUAUAAUAGCGAAAGUUACAAACAGAACUUCAAUAAAACUAAUGUAACAGGAUGUUCAGAAGAAAUUGAACGACUCAGACCUAAAUCACCACCACCCAAAAAUAAAGGAGGUGGUCCUCCUGGACCUGGUGGUAGAGGAGGAGGUGGUCGAGGUGGUCAGGGGCAGCAAGGACCAUGGAUGGGGGGUAGAGGUGGUGGACCAGGUGGGCGUGGUGGCUUUGGAGGAAGAGGUAGAGGCAUGCAUCGAGGGGGAUUUGUCCAAAGAUGAUAACGGUCAAAUUAUAACUAUAAAACCAUCUUAUCUAAAACUAUUUAACCAACUAGACACAUGUUUCAGACACAUGUUUUAUGGGCGUCAAUAGUGUCAGCUGACCUUACUUGAAUAUUCAGUGUUACUACGUUUCAUAUUAGUAUAUUUAGGCUUUCAAAUAUAGUGUUCUUGUCAAACAAAUAUUUUAUAAUAUGUGUGUUCACACAAGUUUCCAGUCACUCAGGCAUGAAUGAAAAACACUUUGUAUAUAAGCUACAAUUGGACUGCCAUUUAGAUUUGAUGCCUACUGAUUGUAACGUGACUGAGGUAGGUUUGCUUUCGUCCAGAAAUCAUGCUAUCUAAGUUUUUAGUCAAUGUACACUUCAAUAAUACCUGUGGAUGUAAUCACUACAGACAAUUCAUUCUAAACGUGUUAUUCAGUACCUUUGCUAUGCACUCUAUUGGAAUAGUCUGUGUAUGUAAAUAGCUAGGUUUAUUGUUGGAUCCUAGAUUCUUGGAUAUGGAUUUGAUGAAUCAUUGUGCAAGUAGUAAUUAUUGCCAUCUUAUCUUACAGUAAUACUUAGAACUAUGCACCCAUCCUGUCUAUGUGAACAGGAUAAAAUUAUGUAUGUCUUAAACAACAAAGUAUGGAAAUUGAUGUUUUAUGGAUAUGAUUAUAAUAGAGGUAUUUUUUUUAUUUUGCAAGGCGACUGACUGUUUUGUUUUCUUAUUUCUUAUGAACAAUUAAAAUAGAAUGUGUAUGCAAUGG